CCAUGUCCUUUAUGUCAAGUGAAAUUCUCCCCUAGUGUUAUUGAGGUCCAUGCUGCUACGUGCGAUGGUGUCCUCAUCAGCGAUUACGCAGUCCAUAACUACCCAGUCAUCUUCAAUGAAGGAUGAUGAUGUUACUCAAGGUGUAUCAAUGCAGGAGAUGUCAGCCCUGCAGGAUGUGUCAAAGCAGGGUACAUUGGAAUCUGUUGAGUCAGCUUGUGUGUCAAAAUCGAAUCCUACACAAGAGAAUUUUGUGCCAAAAUCUAGUGUGCUCUCGUUGACAAGUUCACCUGGAGCACUGAAGUCUUCAUGUGGUGUGCCAAAAUCUGUGUCCAGUGUGCAUAUAUCUGAUGUGCCAAAAACAAGUUUUGCAGUCCAGAGAACUACACCUUGUGUGAUGCAACCUUGCCCAUUAUGUCAAGUGACCUACCCCUCAGAUGUGAUUGAAAUUCACGCAUCUACGUGUCAAGGAGGGUUCCUCGAAGAUGAUGAUUUUGAUCCUGCAGAUUUUAUAUCAGAGCCACCUAUUGACCAAAACAAAAAUCCCAAAAACAAUGAUACAAAUUUUCAAAAUUCACAGUUAAGUGUGCGGACUUCACAUUCUGAUGUGCUGAAAUCAAAAUCUGAUGUGCUGAUCUCUGAAUCUGGUGUGCCAAAAACAAAUGGAGCACCUUCUUUAAGAGGCCCUCAACCUUCUAGUCCUGUUCAGUCCUCUUCUAGUAAGUCAUCCUCAUCACCAAGAAGACGUUUGUAUAUCACACAAGAGCAGUCUAGCAGCACAGAUUGCUCCUCUCGUGCUUUAACUAAAAGUGCUGAUAUGACUAAAAGUGCUAGAACAGAAAUUCAGAAAAUUGUACCUAAAAGUGCUUCCAGUGGAUUCUUUGAAAGUGCAAAAGACAGCAUUAGUAAUUUACUUGGUGUUAAGAGGAUAACUUUGAAACAAACCACAGAAGACGUAUCUAAAACACAGUCCCAAACUCAACAAAAUCAAAUUCAAAAUGGACAAAAUGACAGCCCUAAUGAUACCCAUGAUAUGACCCCAAACCAUACCCCUCACUUGACCCCCAAAAAGGGACAUCCCAGUGAUACAAACUCAAGACCUCGCUUUAGCCUAACUGGGUGCAGUCCAGUGAGAACACACACUAACAGUUCAGCCUUAGUUGAGUGUCCAGUCUGUGGCUCAAGCUUCAAGGAGAGUUUAAUCUUUGAGCAUGCUGAACAUUGUGAGGAAGAAUUCUCCCUGCAAGAUGGGGAGGAGUCUGGGAACUAUUAA